GUCCCGCCUCAGCCCGCGCCCGUCCUCCGCCCGCCGCGGCACCAUGUCCGGCUCCGGCAGGAAAGACUUCGACGUGAAGCACAUCCUUCGCCUCCGCUGGAAACUGUUCAGCCACCCCUCGCCGGCGGGCGGCCCGGCGGGGGGGGGCUGCCUGCCGCCCGACAGCAGCUUCGAGCACUGGGGGCCCAGCCAGAGCCGCCUGCUGAAGAGCCAGGAGAGAGGCAACGGCGCCUUCUGGAAGAAAUCCGCCUCCUCCGCCUCCUCCUCGGCGGCCACCACCGCCAGCCCGCCCAACGGGACGCUGCUGCCCGCCGGCGGCCGGCCCCGCGGGGGGCACGGCCCGGGGCCUCCGCCGCCCCGCACCGUCUUCUACGUGGAGUCCCUGGAGGAAGAAGAGGAGGAGGCGGAGGCGGCGCCCGGCGGGAUGGAGGUUGCCCGGGAGCCCGAGAAGCCCCUGGCGCCGCCGGAGCAGAAGGAAGUGCCGAGAGGCUGCGCGGAUGGCGAGGGCCCCGCAACAGGUGACGGAGGCGGGCACAGGCUGUCAGCAGCCAGCCAUCCCUUAUCACCUCUAUGCGACAUAGAUUCGAGUAGCUCUGAGGAAUUCUACCAGGCUGUUCACCAUGCUGAGCAAACCUUCAGAAAGAUGGAGAGCUACCUGAAGCAACAGCAGCUCUGUGAUGUUAUCCUGAUUGCUGGGAAUCGCAAGAUACCUGCUCACAGACUUGUUCUCAGUUCUGUCUCUGACUACUUUGCUGCCAUGUUUACGAGUGAUGUUUGUGAAGCCAAGCAAGAAGAGAUCAAAAUGGAAGGCAUAGACCCUAAUGCGUUAUGGGAUCUUGUUCAGUUUGCAUAUACAGGCUGCCUGGAAUUGAAAGAGGACACUAUUGAAAAUCUUCUAGCAGCUGCCUGCCUCCUCCAGCUCCCACAAGUAGUAGAGGUUUGCUGUCAUUUCCUAAUGAAGCUUUUGCACCCAUCCAACUGUUUGGGAAUACGAGCUUUUGCUGAUGCUCAAGGAUGCACAGAGCUGAUGCAGGUGGCUCACAACUACACUAUGGAGAAUAUAAUGGAGGUUAUAAGAAAUCAAGAAUUUUUACUUCUACCAGCUGAAGAACUCCAUAAACUUCUUGCUAGUGAUGAUGUGAAUGUUCCUGAUGAAGAGACCAUUUUCCACGCCUUAAUGAUGUGGGUGAAGUAUGAUAUGCAGAGGCGAUGCAGUGACCUAAGUAUGCUGCUUGCAUAUAUAAGAUUACCACUGCUUCCACCUCAGAUCCUGGCUGACCUAGAAAACCAUGCACUUUUUAAGGAUGAUCUAGAAUGCCAGAAACUUAUUCUGGAAGCCAUGAAAUAUCACCUUUUACCAGAGAGAAGAACUCUCAUGCAAAGUCCAAGAACUAAACCUAGAAAAUCUACAGUUGGGACUCUUUAUGCUGUUGGAGGAAUGGAUAACAACAAAGGUGCUACAACUAUUGAAAAGUAUGAUCUCAGAACAAAUAUAUGGAUCCAGGCUGGAGUGAUGAAUGGCAGGAGGCUUCAGUUUGGUGUUGCUGUCAUCGAUGACAAGCUGUUUGUCAUUGGAGGCCGUGAUGGUUUAAAGACAUUGAACACUGUUGAAUGUUACAAUCCAAAGACAAAGGCUUGGACUGUGUUACCACCAAUGUCAACACAUAGGCAUGGUUUAGGAGUUACAGUGCUUGAAGGGCCUAUUUAUGCAGUGGGAGGUCAUGAUGGUUGGAGCUAUUUGAAUACAGUUGAGAGGUGGGACCCUCAAAGUCAGCAGUGGACAUAUGUGGCAAGUAUGUCAAUUGCCAGAAGCACUGUUGGAGUAGCAGCAUUAAAUGGCAAGUUAUAUUCAGUUGGAGGUCGAGAUGGAAGCUCAUGUUUGAGUUCAAUGGAAUAUUAUGAUCCUCACACAAAUAAAUGGAAUAUGUGUGCUCCAAUGUGUAAGAGAAGAGGAGGUGUAGGAGUGGCUACAUGUGAUGGCUUUCUUUAUGCAGUUGGAGGUCACGAUGCUCCUGCUUCUAACCACUGCUCACGACUACUGGACUAUGUAGAAAGGUAUGAUCCAAAAACUGAUACAUGGACAAUGGUGGCUCCACUGAGUAUGCCUCGAGAUGCUGUUGGUGUCUGUCUCCUUGGUGACAAGUUGUAUGCAGUAGGUGGAUAUGAUGGGCAAACAUACCUGAACACUAUGGAAGCCUAUGACCCUCAAACUAACGAAUGGGCACAGAUGGCUUCCUUAAAUAUUGGAAGAGCUGGUGCCUGUGUUGUAGUCAUCAAGCAACCAUGACUUUGUCAGCACUGCUUAGGAUUUUACUGACUGUGAAAUGAUUAUUUUUCUAUCAAGACAAGAACAACUUCACGUGAACAUGGAUUUACACAAUGAAUACUGUGUUGAUCACAAAUUUGAAGAAGCAUAAGAGUGAGAAAUAUUAAGGAUUUAUACCCUAUAAAAUCAUAAAAAUUAUUCAUUCUGUGAAGAAGAAAAAAUCAUACUGCUGUAGGCAUAAAUAUGUAAGCGUUCAGUAAUAUGUUCUGUACUGUUCUCUCAAAUGUGUCCCAGAGAACUGGAUAAUUAAAAGCAUCAAGGUACAGCUCUACAUAAGAAUCAAGAAGGAAUACAAGAGCAGCUUUCAUGGCUUUUAAGACUUUUAACAGCAGAAACAUAUAAGUAUGUUUAAUCACUUCCAAAUUCAAAAAGUAGAUAAUACAAUUUUUCUAUUCAGGUCUUUUCUUCAAAUGGGUUAUGGCUUUCACAUCUAGACAUAGUUAUUUUAAGGAAGACAAUUAGAUUUUACUGAAGUGCAGAAAAAGAAAAGUCUGGAUAUUCAAUUUUAAUUUGUAAUGAUUAAGCUUUUGCUCUACAGUAGGAAGAAAAAAAAAAAACCUAAACC